CGCGGAGCGCCCGGCAUGGAGCCGGCCCCAGAGCCCGCCCGGGAGCCCCCCGCGCCCCGGGACCCCAGUCGCGAGCCCCCCGCGCGUGCGCGCCCGCCGCCCCCCGCCGCGCGCCCCGCGCUCUCCGCGCCCAGGCCGCGCUCGCCAGGAGAGGCCGAGGCCCGUGGCCCCGAGGGGCUGCUGCGGCGAUCAGGCUCUGGCUACGAGGGCAGCACCAGCUGGAAGGCUGCCUUGGAGGAUACUACCACGCGGCUCCUGCUGGGGGCCAUCGCGGUCCUGCUGUUCGCCAUCCUGGUGGUGAUGAGCAUCUUGGCCUCCAAGGGCUGUAUCAAGUGUGAGGCGCCCUGCCCAGAGGACUGGCUGCUCUAUGGAAGGAAGUGCUACUUCUUUUCCGAGGAACCGAGAGACUGGAACACUGGCAGACAGUACUGCCACACCCAUGAGGCUGCACUGGCUGUGAUCCAGAGCCAGAAGGAGCUGGAAUUUAUGUUCAAGUUCACGCGGAGGGAGCCCUGGAUUGGCCUGCGCAGAGUCGGGGAUGAAUUCCAUUGGGUCAAUGGGGACCCGUUUGACCCAGACACAUUCACCAUCUCAGGCCCAGGCGAGUGUGUCUUCGUGGAGCCCACCAGGCUAGUGUCGACCGAGUGUCUGAUGACCCGGCCCUGGGUGUGCAGCAAGAUGGCCUACACGUGACAGGGGCAGGCCAGAGGUGGAGGGAGGCAUCUGCUCCGAGACCAGCCUCCAGAAGGAGCCGCCUGCCUCUCCUGGGGGAAGAGGUGGGGUGGGGAGCACCUGUCCCCUCAGGCUCUAGAGCUCCUGAAUCCCUGGUUCCUGGCCUCCUUUGUCCCCAGGCAGGUCCUGCGGCUCAGCAGUUAAAUCCCAUAUGCUAAGUAGCGUGGCCAUCUUUCCUCCAAACACGCAGGGGCACACACACACAUGCACAAGCACACACACGCACAGUCCCUUCCCAACAGUGUCCCUCAGCCGCCCCGCAAGGCCUUCCCCAGCCCUGCCUGGAGCCUUCUCUCCUCACUAGGGCUCUGGUGCAGUGGGGAAGGCUUCUGGCUGGGAGGGCAUCUGACUGUCACCCGUCAUGGGCUCUGCAGGCUCACGCCUCUCCAGAGCACUGGGGGUGGCAAGUGGCCGGUGUCCCCUUACGUUGGCCAGCCCCACCCAGGGCCUGGAGGCCCCAAGUCCACCCUCUUUGCCUUUCCGGGGUCCCUGGGCAGGGCCCCCCGCUGUGUCCGUGGUGCUGUUGUAUUGGUCACUAACGGAAUAAAGAGAUGACUGGCAUCAGA